AAAUAAAAAAUUGGAAUCCAUUGUCAUUUAAAAAUAGAAAAUAGAAAAUUGGAAUCCAUUAUCAUCAUCUUCAAGCUCUUUCAUAGAAUUUAAGGGAUAUUUUACUGGCUUUUCAAGUCUGAAAAUGCAGCCCACGUAAUGCGUGAGAAGAAAAUAUAGAGAGCUCAACACGAAAUCUAACCUGGCAGCAGAGAAGGUUAGAAGCUUGUGUUGACUUUUCAAGUCUAUAAACUAAAACUAAGGGCUUUUUCCACAGAAUUGCGAGUGCUUAAUAUUUAUCAAUACUGAUCUCUUGGUUCAGCCGUGGUGAUUUCGAUCUUUUUAUUCAGUAUUUAAGUUUAAUUCUUGUCUUAGAUGGGGUUAGUGUCAUCUCUAGUCAGACAUAGAUGCUGUGGACUCCCUAAAAUAAUGAGUCCAGUCCUUCAGUGAUCACUCCGAGCUCCAUGUAAGAUCUAGAUUUCUUGUAAUUUCAUAGCUGUUGGAUAUAAGAACAGAAAACUAAUAAGAGUGGAGGAGAUGACUGGUACCGAAGAAAUCACAACUCCUCUAAUUCAUCAACACAACAAGCAGACCUCUUCCAGUGUUGCCAAUUCCUCCUCCACUUCAGCGGACUCCGAGGAGAACUCUCCAAUCGUGCAAGUUGCACUUACUGUACCAACAACAGGUGAUCCUACUCUCCCUGCUGUCACCUUUCGCACAUGGACACUUGGCUCUCUCGCCUGCAUCCUCCUCUCCUUCCUCAACCAGUUCUUCUGGUACCGCCGCGAACCACUCUCCAUCACCUCCAUCUGUGCACAGAUCGCAGUGGUCCCUCUUGGCCACCUCAUGGCUUCCACCAUAACCAAUAAAACAUUCUUCAUGGGAAAAAAAUGGGAGUUCACGUUAAACCCCGGACCGUUUAAUGUGAAGGAGCAUGUGUUGAUCACCAUAUUUGCUAAUUCGGGUGCUGGAAAUGUUUAUGCCAUUCACAUUGUUAGUGCUGUCAAGUUAUUUUACAAGAAGGAGUUGACGUUUUUUGUGGCGUUGCUAGUAGUCAUAACGACGCAGAUGCUGGGGUUCGGAUGGGCUGGUUUGUUUAGAAGGUACUUGGUAGAGCCUGCUUCUAUGUGGUGGCCGCAGAAUCUUGUUCAAGUUUCCCUCUUCAGGGCAUUACAUGAGAAAGAGGAAAGGCAUAAAGAUGGAUUAACAAGGAAUCAGUUCUUCAUCAUUGCCUUCAUUUGCAGCUUCGCCUAUUAUGCAUUUCCGGGCUAUCUUUUCCCCAAGUUAACCUCUAUAUCAUGGCUUUGUUGGAUAUUCCCUUCUUCCCUCCUAGCUCAUCAGCUAGGAUCAGGACUCCAUGGUCUUGGGAUUGGUGCCUUUGGAUUUGAUUGGGCCACCAUAUCCUCUUACCUUGGGAGUCCCCUAGCCAGUCCAUGGUUUGCAACUGCCAAUGUUGCUGCCGGUUUUGUGCUUCUUAUGUACGUUAUUGCUCCAAUUGCAUAUUGGCUCAAUAUUUACGAGGCCAAGAACUUUCCCAUAUUCUCAGAUGGCCUGUUCACCUCUACUGGCCAGAGUUACAAUAUCUCAGCUAUCAUAGACCCAAAAUUCCAUAUUGACUUGGAUGCAUAUGACCGUCAAGGCCCUCUCUACCUCAGCACUAUCUUCGCUAUGAUUUAUGGUCUUAAUUUUGCCUGCCUGACAGCCACCGUAGUUCAUGUUUUCCUCUUCCAUGGGAGAGAUAUAUGGCAGCUAAGCAAGUCUGCUUUCAGAUACAAGAAAAUGGAUGUGCAUACAAAGCUAAUGAGGAAAUAUAAUCAAGUCCCUGAAUGGUGGUUCUUGUGCAUCCUUUUCCUAAACAUAGCAGCAACCAUAUUUACAUGUGAGUACUACAAUGAGCAACUCCAAUUACCAUGGUGGGGUGUCUUGCUAGCCUGUGGUAUUGCCGUAUUUUUCACCCUUCCUGUUGGAGUGAUCACUGCUACAACAAAUAAGACACCAGGCCUCAAUGUGAUAACAGAAUAUGUCAUUGGCUACAUGUACCCAGGAUUUCCCGUUGCUAACAUAUGCUUUAAAGUGUACGGAUACAUUAGCAUGAAACAAGGCAUCACCUUCUUGGAAGAUUUCAAGCUUGGUCAUUACAUGAAGAUUCCUCCGAGAGCCAUGUUCAUGGCACAGGUGGUUGGUACUAUAAUAUCUGCGUUGGUACAUCUAGGAACUGCAUGGUGGCUGAUGGAAACCAUCCCAAAUAUAUGUGAUCGUGAAUUGCUUUCACCAGGAAGCCCAUGGACUUGCCCAGGCGACCAUUUGUUCUAUGAUGCAUCUGUGAUCUGGGGUCUUAUUGGCCCUCGCAGAGUUUUUGGAGAUCUUGGUCGUUAUUCAGCCACCAACUGGUUUUUCUUAGGCGGGGCAAUAGCUCCUAUCCUAGUUUGGCUGGCACACAAGGCCUUCCCUAACAAGGAUUGGAUUGGACUUAUCUCCAUACCAGUACUCUUAAGUGCUACACUCAACUUGCUGCCAGCUACCGCCGUGAACUACACUACGUGGGUUGUAGUCGGAUUCGCUUCAGGCUUUAUUGCUUAUAGGUACUAUCGCGACUGGUGGAGCCGCCAUAAUUAUGUGCUGUCAGGGGCGUUGGAUGCUGGAUUGGCCUUCAUGGCUGUAUUGCUUUACUUGUCCUUGGGGAUGUGGCAUGUUAGCCUCGAAUGGUGGGGGAGCGAGGCGGAAGGAUGCCCGUUAGCUUCUUGCCCAACAGCACCGGGGGUCACUGUUAAAGGUUGCCCAACUUUUUAACGAGAAGUUUAAAAGAAAGAAGCGUGAAGCAGUGGUCUGCAUGCUUUCAAGCACAGCAAGCUUGCAGAAUAAAUUA